AUGGCCAGCUUUCUCUUCCUUUUUCAAAUAUUCUUAGAGUUCUUAGGGUUAGGGUGCCUUGCAGCGGGCCUUGAAGCUGCAGGCGAGAAGAUGAAAGCAAAUCCAAGGUUUGAGCUAUCCUGUGACUUUGAGAACCACUACACUGUUCUUGAGCUUCCUUGUUCAGUGAUAGCGGCAGCAAUGUGGGUGGUGGAUAGGUUUAUUAACCCAGAAUGGGAAAUGAAUGGAUGGACCAUGGUCACUGCACUUGGAUUUGCACACAUUUUCUCG